AUGGGGAAAGGAUAUAACAAUUAUAUGUGCAAGAAGUUCUUCCAUCCGACUAAUUUCGAGAAUAUCAAGCGUAAAUGGAUGGCUGAGCAGGCAGACGAAUUUGAAAAGAAACGAGAGGUGGAAAAAUUGGAUCAGUAUCGUCGAGAACAAGAAACCUUGGAAAAUCGAGUGUUGUUGGGAGAUGAAAAAGCUCGUCUAGGUUUGGCAUGGAUGUAUGACCAACCUGCCAUGAUGGAAAAGCCAGAGCGCGAUGACAAGGAAGUCAAGUUCGAAUGGCAACGCAAGUACUGCGCUCCCCGAGAGAAUUAUUGCAAAAACUCAUCGGACAUCGUGGAUCAACCGUUCGCGAUUGAAGUGCGUAACGUGCGCUGUAUGCGCUGUCGUCAGUGGGGUCAUUUGAAUACAGAUCGUGUCUGUCCGUUGUAUGGUCAGUCUUUCACACAGGAACCGACGGGGACCGAGGUGCCUUCCGUGGAUCAUGUUCGGGCUGGACUGCAGAAGGAGGGGUUGACUUUGAAACGGGGCACCGAGCUGGAACGAUACAGUCACAUAUUACACAAAGCGAAAGAAGCCUUUUCGGAUGUGUCGGAAAAGAGUACCAAAGAAGAGGACUCAUUAGCCAUGGAAUUUUUACGCAAUUUGUCGGAAAGGCAACGUGAAAAGCUACUGAAGAAAUUGUCAGACGUCUCUGGGUCGACCGGUCACAAAAAGCAUAAAAAAUCCCAUAAACAUUCGAAGCACUCGAGGCACUCGAAAAAUCAUUGA